AUGGCGACCACUCCUGCCCCGAACCACAUCACCCUUCAAGAAUUCGCCGAGGUUCUCUCUCGGUACCCCGCUACCAUGAGCGCUCUCUCAAAGACAAAUUCUGCGCCAAAGCUGGCCAAACCAGAUGAAUCGUCAGAACUGAGUUCUGAGGAGCUCGAUCUUUGGAGGCUCAAUACACUUCCCGAGGUUGUCAAGGCGAGAAGUAAGCCCUUUUUGAUGAAAGGGGAACUCCAGAAGUUACUUGGUUGUAAAAUGGCACGUGGGAAACGUCGUCAAGCCCUCCCAAAACUUAUCUCUAGUAACGAUCCCUCCACUGUGACCUCUGCGACCACUGCAGCAUUCGAUAACCUCCUCGGCGCACCGUCCCCACCCACUACCGCACAUAUCAUCGCCUCGUUAAAGGACCUCACUGAUCCCCUCAAAGGGGUCGGACCCGCCACAGCUUCUUACAUCCUAGCCAUUAUGGCCCCAGAUACGGUGCCAGCGUUCUCAGAUGAAGCGUACCGCUGGAUUUUAUAUUCUCCUGGUCGCGAGGGUUGGAAUAAAAAAAUCAAAUAUGACGCAAAAGAAUAUAGAACCUACGUGGAGGGAGUUAAGGCACUCGUGGAAAGACUCGGGGGCGAUGUUACUGCAGGCGACGUCGAGAAAGUGGGAUUUGUCCUGGGAAAAGAGGGCGCCGAGUUUCGCAGUAUUCCCGGUCCGGUGGGGAUCGCAGGUCUAAGUGGGGUGGAUGCGCUCGAUGCAGCAUUGGGGCUGGAAGGUGGACAUAAGACAACAACUCCGACUAUUCCAGUUGCUCCGGCGGCCCCGGUUACGAAGUCAGCGGUAACGGGGAAAAGAAAGGCAGAUGAAAAUCCGGAUUCUGAGGAUGGUGCAGAGCCUGCUGAGCCUAGGCCAGCACAGAGGAGGAGGAGGGCGUCGGCACCAAAGAGAGGAAGAGGGCGGAAGAUGGGCUGGGUUUUCACGGGGACUCAUUAG